GCUGUAUAGUUUCUCCAAAAAAAUUCGUAAAAUUAUACCUUAUUUUCAACGUUCUAAAGCAGGCUCCCCCCUUAAACGCUCGGCGGCUUGCGGUCAUCAGACAAUUCGUAAGUGUAAGCCGUAACGUAAGCUGUAAGUUGGUGUCGUCGUGCGCGGACCCCCGUAAACCGUUCGUUGCGCUAUUAACGUAGCUGUUUGCAUGAAGGAACGUAAUCUUCGAUUUGCAUACAAUGCGCUAGUUACGAACUGCGUGGCGCGCGCGUGCGCGCGUUCGUCGUCGCGGUUGUGUAUCUUUCAUGCACGCGCGGUGCCCGCGCGUAGAAACGAACGAAACGCCGAUGCAAGCUCGGUCGACCGGCCGAGUACUUAAUCGCGACAGCGCCGGGGAGGAGAGGGGUCGCGUCUCGGACCCGGAGGACCUGAAGAAACGGCCGUGAUCGUCAUCCAGCGCGAGUAGCGCGCUUUCUCGAGGAAUGACGACGCUUCUUUCUUCUCUUUUUUUUUUGUCUCCCUCGCAGCCGACAAGUGUACGUUUCGUGAUCGUCGGUAGGUUGGUAGGUGUACGCCGCGCAUUUCGUAAUCGGGGAUCGAGAUGUUUAUCGAGAUGCCGACGCCGAUUGGCGGAGGAGGGCCGUUAUCUCGGUGUGAUCGAAGAAUUAACGAACUUUAUCGAUCGUUAUCGGAGUCAGAGUUCUAAGCGAGGUUGAGAAUCGCUGUGUUGAAGAGUCAAUAAGCUUGCGCUAGUUACACUGGAGCUUUACCGAUGUUAACGCGAGGGAUCGGCUGGCCACUCUCGAUCUUUCGAAAUCUUUAUUUUGUAAUAGAGCGGACGGAAGUGCCAGAGGGCACAUGCGCGCAAGAGUCGACCAUAGCAAAUAGAUAGGGGAGAAUUUGGGAUCGGUUCAGGUAGAAGAUUGAGGGGACCUAUCGCGUAUGUUGUAAUCUGGCGUAUAUAAUGUGCAAUCUGUCUUACCUGCAGUGUACAAACGACAAUUUCGUGUAUCAAAUGUAUAUCAGAAGGCAUAUAUAUAUAUAUAUAUAUAUGAAUAAACAAUUGACCAAUCAUACAACAUUCCAUAACUUUCCUAUUUCUAUUGAAAUUCUGGAAUUCUCCUGAGCAACUUACGCCACAUCGACUCAAACGUGAAACCAUUGAACUGAUUCGUUCUUGUAGAAUAUAUAUAUAUAUAUAAUAAAAAUAUCUGAUUAAAAGAAAAUAUUGUAAAAAAUAAGGAAGACUGAAAUAACAUGACUUUUUUCAUUUACAAUUGGACAUUUUCGUACAAUUCGCGUACAAUUUAUAAAUAUCGAAUUAAAUAUAAAAAUGAAUUAACUACAUAAUCUAUUAUCUAUUUUUUUACGAUGCAUAUAUAUAACAUCUGAUUUGUUAAUCGGCAAACUUACAAGACACUGCUCUUUGCUCGACUAACCAACAGUCAUCACUACGCACGAAUGCGUAGACCUGGUGCGCAUGACCCGAACGGCGCGUUCAGAAAUGAUGCCCUGGCGCGUCUAGACUCGCCUGACGCCGUUUUGUCGUUCAGCCUCUUGCCGGACGAGAGGAAGACGGAAAAAAGCGCGGGACCCGAGCGAGACCGGACCGCCCGUACGUCCGCACGAAGCGGCGGCGUUGAUUCGUUGGAUUCGUCACGACGGCCCGCUUGCGCCAUCUUGGUGCAUUUCCGGCAAGUAGGACGCGUCGGAAGUGUCGGAACGCGUGGAACGAGCUGCGUCCGUGAGAGCGCCCGGUCCCCCGAGCAGGCAGUUCUGUGAUCGUUCGAGUUGGCGACGAGCGGGACGCUGCGUCCCUAACCUGGGCUCGGAGGAAGCACGGACGACGUGAACGACGUUGCCGAGCCAGCGCGCGACGUCCUGGUGGUAUCUCGAGCGCGUCACGAGCAGCGGUCCCAGCGAGCGAGCGCCGGUUCGCGAUGGACGGGGACGUGGUGGAACUCGGGAACGUGGAGAGUGUGUGCCGACUGUGCCUCUCCACGGACGAAACGAGGUCCUCGGUGUUCGCGGCGCGAGACCAGGAAGACUCGUCCGGCGUCCCACUGGCCACCAAGAUCGAAGCUUGCUUGUCGAUCCAAAUUUCAAGCACCGAUAAAGUAUCCACGCUGAUAUGCGCAAAUUGCGUGAAAAGUGUAAACCAGUGGCACACCUACAAAGAGUCUUGUUUACGUUCUCAGGACAAGUUACAGGAAUGGUUGGCAAGUCACUCGCAAUCAAAUCCUAAGGUUGUAACGAUCAAGGAUGAACCGAUGGACGUAGACUCUAAAGACGAUGCAGAAGUUGUCUCAGAGGACACCAGCGACUUGGAAGAAACACGUCCAAUGGAUGAUCAGGCAAUGGAGGACACUGAAUCUGUCAGCGAAGAGGUACAAGAAGUAGCAAAUAAAAGCAAUGCGAAUGAAAAUGUGCCGAAAGAUGCCGAUACCACUCCAUCCGUAGUGCAGAAUGAAAAAGAGACUGACAGAGGGGAAGACCAGGUAGACCAACAGGAUUCUGAGACUCUUCGCACGAUUAAGAGCGAGCCGCAAGACGAUGACGACACGGACUGCACUGUAGAACUGGAAUCCACGAAUAGCAGUGAGUUGCUACUGAAUCCAAUGGCGGUUGGCACGGAGGACACUGUCAUGGAGGCGGACUCCACGCAAAAGUCGAACGCGGCCGGUGCAUUACCUAAAAAGAAACUGAAGCGUGGUCCUCACACUCACUUCAGAGGAACGCGCGUCUUUAAGAAGAAGUGCGUACAUUGUCAGAUAUUCUUGCACUCGAAGUAUACGUACUUGAAGCACAUGAAGAGGUUUCAUAACAAGGAAAACGGCGAGAAUUCGGAAUCGAUAUCUCAAAACGACGAGGAGGAGAUGAUCGAGGAUAUCGAGGAUGAAUUGAUCAGCAUGGAGAAGGAGUCGCCGCUGACGCAGGUUCAGCAGGACAUCAUUAGCCAAUUGAAGACGUUCUCAUGUUACACUUGCGAUCAGACGUUCAACGAUCGGCGCAGCACGCUCUCUCACAUACGACAACACUUGCCGGAUCUCAGGCCGUACACGUGUAUCGCCUGCCUGACAGAGUUUCCUGACCGAUCUAUGUAUCAAUUGCAUUGUGGCGCGUCUUUUGAAUGCGCGAUGAAGAUUGCCCUAGUCGUGCCUAAACGCGGUAGUGAACGAUACUUUACGUGUAACAUGUGCCUGCGCUCGUUGCACGGCAGGAAGGAACUGCUCGGUCACUUAUCGAAGCAUUCUGAUAAGCAGUACGAGGAGAUGAUGUCACCAGCGCGUUCGCCGCCCAAGCUGAAGCCGAUGACGCCGUUGCCAUCCGAGGGAAACUCGGCCAAUGCGCAGCAAGUUGUCAACGGGCCUUACAAAAAUGGCGAUCCGGCGCACAACCACGCCUGCGAUCUCUGCGGCAUGAUCUAUCGAUAUCGACCAAAUAUGUUCAAACACAGAGAGUUCUGCCGGCAAUUGCCGCCAGAAGCUCGAAUGUCGUACAGGUGUGCUCACUGUCAAAUGACGUUCCUCGUGUUCAAGAAAUUCCACAGUCACAUCACGGUGGCUCACAAGAAGAAGGAAUUUCUUUGCUACCAGUGCGGCGCAAAGUUCUUGUCGCCCAGUGAUUACCUGACCCAUCACGAAAAACAUCGCGCGUCGGCGCAGGGCGGUGGACAGGUGCAGCGCGACGGCACGUCGUCGCAGAACGCGGUUCAGGCAUUGCUGAAGGAACGGAAUGCCCACGAAGCGGGCCUCGUCAAGUCGAGGAUCGGUACUCCGAAGUUCAGCUGCGCCCUCUGCAGCCAAGAGUUCUCGACGAGGCUCGAACUGACCGAGCACCGGAAUCUUCAUGUCAAAGUGAAAAUAUAUUCUUGCAUCAUUUGCCGCAGCAUGUUCAGUAGUCCAAGCGCAUUGGAGAUUCACAUGAAGGAUCACGGCAUCGAGGACCCGAAUGAACGGAACGCCAACAUCUCGUGCAUCGAGUACGGCAGUUUGGACGAGGGCGCGAGGAUCGAGGAUUUGGAUCUGAUAAACGCAAGUGCCACCUCGGAUCCCGGUUCCGAAAUCCACGAGUGCAACGAAUGCGGUAGAGUGCUCUCGAAUUACGCGAAUCUUCGCCGUCAUACAAAGAUGGUGCAUCGCAAUGCCACGAUUUACGAUUGCAACAUGUGCUCACGUAUGUUCACGUGUAAAGAAUUGUACGAUCAUCACAUGCAGAUUCAGCAUCUCUGCUCCAAGACGAUGUUGCAGUGUCCUCAGUGUCCUAAGAGCUUUGUCUUCCAAUCGAAUUUCAACUAUCACUUCCGCACCGCUCACCUUGAGAAAUCGACUGGUUACGGCUGUGAUAUUUGCGGCAAAGUGUUUGUCGAAGGUGCGUCAUUGAAAAUACAUAGGGGUUGGCACAAUCGUGCAAAUUCUCGUCUAAGCACUCGAUUCGUACUGGGCGAUCAAAAGUUACUCAAUUCUGAUGCCUCAAAGGAUGCAUCAAUUGAUGCCGAGUUGGCCACAAACUCGGAACGGCCAGCGAGGGCACGAAAAUCAUUCCCCAAUCCCCCACCUCAGUUGUCUGGUAUCGGCACGAAGUCAUCAUCUGGGAACUUCCAAUGUCAAGUGUGCAAUGAUAAAUUUAAUGAUGUGACCGAACUCAGGAGUCACUUAUGGGACGUCCAUUGCGCACGCAACAAACCGGAGAAGAGUUUCUCCAACAACGAACUCCAGUGUGAACUCUGCACGAACGUCUUCCCCGAUCAGGAAACCUUGGCGACUCACAUGCAAUGGCACAGAGCCAACCCCAUUCUCAGCGAUAUACGAAAAACGUACUCUUGCGACGUAUGUGGCAAGUCAUACAGUUCAAGAAAGGUCUUGUGGAAGCACAAGAAGCUUCACAAAGCUACUGUUGUGGCCUCGCUCAAGUUCCAAUCCUUGGCAAGGAAACCGAUGGCUACUCAGUUCAUGUGCACAUUUUGCCGCAAGAUCUUUUCGAGUAGCCAGUCCUUGCAACGCCACAAGAUUAGCUUCCACAGUGAAGCGCAAAAUCAGCAGCGCGCGCAAUCACAGCCGAAUAGCACUCGAAGAUUUUCGGAGAGUCACGAGGACGAGCCGAGGCUGAAGCGUAUGAAAGUUGAGAUUGACGAUGAUUCCCCACCGCCCAAAUUGCCGCCUUUUGCUAUGGAUUUUGCCGGUGAGAAGAGGAAGCCAGUCAUGUGUCACGUGUGCCAGAAGAUGUUCCCCAACAUGAGUGUGCUGUACAAGCAUAAGCAAAUCGCGCACGAAAACCGAACAAAGAAAGAGAGAAUGCCCGAGUGCGUACCGAUGACAACUCGGGACGGCAAAUAUUCGUGCAACGUCUGCUUCAAGGUGUUCCCUGGCUUGUCAAAUCUGCGACAGCACUUCACUAUUAAGCAUAAGAAAACUUUCCAUCACAGAACCGCACCGAACAGGGACAGACCCGUGCCGCUGCCGUUGCCGAUCACCGAAUCUCCGAAGGAGAUUCGCGAGACGACCUAUACCAAUAACGUGAUGUACAGCUGCAAGCUAUGCAAGCAAUGCCACGUUUUCAACAAGCAGUCUAUUAUCAGUCACGUCACCAACGUGCACAAUGCGGUGUACCAAACCGACAGCAACGCGUUCCACAGAGAAGUUAAUCUUGGCGCUUACAUGGUGCACGGUGCGGUCGGGACUACUUGUCCACGAUGCAACGUCAAAUAUCCCAACAAUAGGGCUCUGAAGAUACACUAUGUCAAGUUCCAUGACAGUCCUGACCAUCAAUGAAUUCGCUUCCUGGUUCGAGUGACUUGAUUAUGCCAGGUGGGAAGAUCGAUUUUUUCAAGCCGAUUGCAAAGAUUGAUAGAUGCGUUUCUCGUAUCACAAUUCUCUCGAUAUCGCGCGGAGUGACACACUGUGUUCCUGAGGUAACAUCGAUCAACAUUUCCAAAUUGUGCAAAACGAGACGCGAUAUUCUGAUCCAUUUUAUUCUCAUUGAGUCGAGCGACAUUAUUUCAUGAUAAACUUUGAAUCUUUUUGUAAGGCAACAUGCAAUCAAGGAAUCGCGAUGAUUAUUGUAAAUAUCACCGUGUCACAAUUCUGAUGUUCGAGAUGUUUAACAAACAAAAAGAAAGAUAGAUAUACAUUGUUGCACCGAUGGAUUUUUGUUUUACUCACGCGGACACUUCCACAAAUGACGGUUUAUCGUAGAUAUUUAUCGUAACGGUUUGUUACUUGUUUGAUACAGCGAUUACAAUUGCGACCAACUGCGAAGUGUGUAAAUAUCGAAGUGAGCGUAUGUUAGCGUAUAUGUAAAACGUGCAGAUUUUUUAUUCAAUUAUAAGUUGACUUGCUGCGGCCAAGUGUAUCAAUGGCAAUGGGCAUGCUUGGUAAUCCUAUUGCGACGUCAAAUCUGAAAUGCCAUUUGUCGUGUGCAUAUUAUUACGUUAUUACUCUAAUUAAGACGGUAUAAUCAGUACGGUCAAUGCGUACGUGGUACAUGGAUAUCUUUCUAAAAAAAGAGGCAAUUCGCGAAUCGUAUUUUCACCAAUUAUUAUCGUCUUAUUAAACUUUAUAAGGGCGAAUCAGCAUCGCGUGUUCGAAGUGAUAACAAUAAUCGACCCAGGCAUUGCAACAUCUAAACAGAUUUAGAUUACUUCAUCUGCACACUCUAUAUAUACACAUAUAUUGGGUAUUAUUAUAUUAUUAUAAUAUGAUAUGCAAAUAAAUCUCGUAACUUGCUUACAUAAUAGUAUUUAUUAAGUUUCCCUUAUUGCAUCGAUGUUUCGCGUUUUUUGCUUAAUUUGACAGAAAGUUUAUGCUUUCCUGUUGUUCCUGUAGUAUCUUUCGAUUUUCGUUUUAGCUAUAUUAAUAAUUCAUUUACAUAUAUUUUAUUAUUAAGUGUGUUAUUUAUAAGUUAUAAGUUGUAGCAUUUUGUGCAUAAGAAUAAAAAAAUUAACUGCUGGGAAAAUUACUAAUCUUUAUUAUCGAAUUUCUAAGGUUCAUCAUUAAACAAUAAAAAUACUUAUAACAUUAAGUUGUCGGUAACUAUGAGAUAUAUUAGAUGCAUUUUAUUUUAUAUAGAUCAGUAUAAACCAGAACAAAAAAAAUUGAUAAUUGUUUUAAUUGAUAACAGUUAAAAAACUUUGUUAAAUUUUUAAGAAAUACACGGAAAUGAUAUUGUACGUUAUUUCAAUUAAGUUGUCGGCAUAAUAAGCUUUUCAAUAUAAAAUUUUGUUAUGAAUCAAAAUUUAUAUCGAAAGAUUAUUUUUAUGUAUACGUACGCACUUACCUUUAGUUAUAUGUAUAGAGUAUGAAAUUUAUAUAUAAACACGAUUGUCAUCUCUUCUCCCAGUUUAUGUGCAUAUAAACUGAAAGAAAAGAUAAAAAUUAAUGUUUAUUAAUAAUGCCUAUUAAUUGAAAAAUAUCAUCGUUAUUAGUCGAUAUAAACAGUUAUAAAAGAUUAAAUAUACGGAAUAUUAGUAAUAAUACGUAAUAUUAUUUUGACCGUAUAAUAAAUAUUCCUAUUGUAUACGUGCUUAUGUAUGAGUGAUUUAAUAAAAACAACAGCGUAUUGUUAUUUUUAAA